CGUUCUCACGUGUAGUCACGCGAGAUUUUGCCAGACUACAAACCUGGCAGAAACAUGUCGGCGUUCAAGAGAAAACGUGGAGGACAGGGACCUGGCAAUAAAAAAGCCAAGAAAGUAAAGUUUGUUUCUGGUGGAGCUGAAGCAGCGAAUGAAGCCGAAGUGGAAAAGACGAACGAAGUUACAAUCCCAGCACCAGUUUCAUUGGGUAAAUGGACCAACAAGGAAAGGGUGCUCAUUUUCUCCUCAAGAGGCAUCAACUUCAGAACAAGACACCUGAUGCAGGACCUGAGGACCCUGAUGCCUCAUUCAAAAGCAGACACAAAAAUGGACAGAAAAGACAAACUGUUCGUUGUAAAUGAGGUGUGUGAAAUCAAAAACUGCAACAAAUGCCUCUUUUUUGAGGCUAAGAAGAAGCAGGAUCUUUAUAUGUGGGUUUCAAACAGCCCUCAUGGACCUUCUGCAAAGUUUCUGGUUCAAAACAUUCACACGCUGGCUGAACUCAAAAUGACAGGAAACUGCCUCAAAGGAUCCAGACCUCUGCUCUCAUUCGAUCCUAAAUUUGACAAGGAGCCCCACUAUGCCUUAUUGAAGGAGCUCUUCACUCAGACCUUUUCUACUCCACGCUACCACCCAAAGAGUCAGCCUUUCGUGGACCACGUCUUCACCUUCACCAUUGCAGACAACAGGAUAUGGUUCAGAAACUAUCAGAUCAUUGAAGAGGACGCCUCUCUCGUGGAGAUCGGCCCUCGCUUCGUUCUCAACCUCAUUAAGAUCUUUCAGGGCAGCUUUGGAGGACCUACACUCUUUGAAAACCCAGACUUCCAGUCUCCUAACAUGCACCGGCGAGAGAUCCGUCUGGCAGCCGCAGCCAGAGUGCGAGAGAAGCAGAUGGUGAAGGAGCUGCAGAAAAUGAAGAGGACUGAAGCGAAGGAGGAAGUGACCAGAGAUGUUACAGCAGACGUCUUCUCAACACCAGCCGAUGAAAAGCCUGUUCAAAUCGAGACGGAAGCACCGGAGCCAAAAAUGGUGAAGAAGAACAAACACAAAGCUUUCAAAAGACAGAGGAUGCAGAUGACACGCAGGUAACUGAAGGGACUGGAGUACACUGAAUUACUGGCUUACUGCUGCCAUGAUGCUCGUUGUCUUGAGAAAAUGUAUGUAUGCCACAAUGCAGUAGUCAUGCCUGAACUUCAAUGAGGUUACAAUUGACUUGGUAUCAUGUCCUACAUAACAAAUUUGAAAAUACAUGAAGAACUUAAAAAUGCAAAAGUUGUGUUCAGUGUUUCCCUCUAUUGUCAGGAUGCCCAUAGAAGACAUACAUCCUUACAUUUUACUUAUUUCAUAUUCCAUUGAUAAUGUCAGUUUUCUCAAGAAUUCAACUAAUCAUCAGAUGAUCGUAACUCUAAUUUACACAGUUGCAAACAUACAAAACAAACUAGGUUGAACUUACCUCAUUAGUGUUAGCAAUGGCAACCUGACAUGUCUUGAUCAGACGUAUCACACUGAGCAAAUUAAUCCAUUAGAAUGGGAAAACCAGUUUUGCUUUCCUGAGGUGUUCAGAGAAAUGUUGCAAUCUUGAGAAAACUGAAAUGAACUAUUUAUCAAGAGAAUAUGGAAAAAUUCAAACGCAUGGAUUCUUGUCUGCUUGGGGCCUCCAUACUUUGGUUUGUGGAUUUAUAUAGCUUAUAUUUGGCUCCUUCAUUUAGAAAGUGUGAGGACUGUACUGGACUAUGUAAGUCUUGCCUUUUGAAAUACUGCAAUAAUCACAGAUAAUCCCACAUUUUGUUAAAAGUAAAUAUUCCAUCAGUGUUAGGAAAACUUGUUUAUUGCUUUUGAGUAACUACAGUUGGUUUUUUUUAUGUCAUGGAAAUAAAACAAUUCAAACAAA